GAACAUCUCUCUCUGAGACUAACAGCUCCCAUUACAAGCCUUCUGAAUCUCCCCAUCUCUUUUCAUCGAUUUCCACCUUUCUUUCUUCCAUCUUCUAAUCACAAACGUCCGAUCGUCUCUGUUCUUAGGAUCGAUGGAAACGCCAUCUUCCACAAGACGAGUCACAAGAUCCCAGACCAUGACUGGAUCGAACAACAUACCCAAUUCGAGGAAGAAGGAAGAAUCUGAUAAGGUUAUUUCGAGAUCGAGAAAAGGGAAAUGCGAUCGAUCGGCUCUUUUUGAUAUCACGAAUGAUUCGCCGAUUGUUGGGCUUGCGAUGGGAAGCUUAAAAACCCCCAAUUCCGUAGCCAAGAACAGCGAUCAAGCCAAACGAACACCAGGAUCGGGCGAGGUGCUGUUGCGUGGGCAGGUUAAAACCCUCUUGCAGAAGGUUGAAGAAGAGGCGGAGGUUUCGAAACUCUCUUUCGAUGUGCGUCCUUUCCCUCAUUUUCAAGGCCUUCUGGAUUCGCCUGCAGGGAUUCUAGCUCCGACGCCGGCCAACACACCACUCAUUUCGAAUCCUUUGGACGGUGGAGAUGUCAUUGCGUUGCCGAUCGUCACAAUGCCGGUGGCCCAUGAAGUUUCCAAGAUAAUCGAGAUCAGUCAUCCGAUCAACUGUUUAAAACAAGAAACUAGUGAAUCUGAGGAUAGUCUGGUUACUCGGGCAUUACAGUUCGACUCCCCUGGAAAAUCUGAAAACUCUGUUUCAUCUACAAUCUCAUCGGCUCUGACAUACGAAGGGAGCUGUCAUGGACAAAAACUGCCUGACGAAGACGACGAUGCUUCUGUCUGGUCUGUUCAGGCCAAUGCGAGUUCAAAAGGAGAUGAAGGAGAAGAUGAUUAUGAUGAAGGAGCAGAAGAAGAGGGAGAAUUAAUCGACGAGUUAUGCCACGGGCUGAGAUUAAUGUGUGUUGAGGAGAAGAGAGGAUUGCUUGAGUUUGUGGGCCGGCAUACUCGGUUCAUCUACAACAGCGAUGGUGAGAUCGAAGGAGAGGAGGUGGUCAUGAGUCUGUCUGCGUCACCAGGCAUUCUACGGUUGAAGGGUAUGCCGACUCCAGAAGGGAAGCAUCUUCGCUUUCCUGAAGAAGAAGAAGAAGAUUGAAGGGAAUUUUCUCUGAUGGUUUGGAUUUGUUUUGAACAUCUGUGUUUGUGUCUUUCUUGACACCAUUUUCAUGCAUCUUCAGUUCUGUUUUAUGGGCAUUUGGGGGAUUUUCUUUUGUUUUUUCUUUUAAAUUUAAUUAUCAUGGAAACAAAUGAGAUAUUGUUUGAAUUUCAA